AACCUCAAUCUUGGCGGAUGGUUGGUGUUUUUCACGGUGAAAAAGUAGUUUUCCUCACGUAAUUUAAUUGAAAAUCCAUUAAAUUGUAUCAAUAAUGGCUUCAAUGCUCAAUAAAAUCUUUCUUCAGACUCAAACUCCUCUGGUGUUGGCCAGGAGAUUCCGGGGGAAGAUCAACAUUCAGAGACCACGGAAACCACACUACACUCGAGCUCUCGUGGAGGCUGUCACAAAGCCCAUCUAUGUGUAUCCACCCAUCACAUUGGAGACUUGCCAGCGAAAGAGAGAACAAACUACGAAGAAGACAAAUCCCUAUGUUGAAAUCAUUGCCAAAGAAGUAUCCAACUGGUUCAAUCACUCCCGCUGUGUGGGGCUCUUUCAUAUAAACUCCAUCAAUGCAGAGGAUCACUUCAAAGCGAGGGUGCUCUUCCACCGGCAAAACAUGCAUUUGAAGCAAUAUCCCACGGAGGUUUUGACAGUCGCCCUCAGACGUACGAAAUAUGAGAAGAUUCUGCCGCUCUUCCGCGCUCAGUGUGCCAUUGUCUUCAGUCCUGACGGAGAGGCCGGAAAGAUGGUGAAGAUUUCCAAGAAGAUCCCGCAAUUGAUACUAAUUGGUGCCAUUGCGGAAGAUAGGAUUCUCAGCAGGAAUCAGUUUAUGGAUUACGCAACUCUGCCCGGUCUGGACAUGGUUCGGGCGCAGCUGGUGAGUGUCCUGCAGAGUGCCGCUGGCGAUUUGGUGGGAAAGAUGCAAGGGCAUCAAAGUAAUAUCGUCCGGAUGCUGGAAGCGCACGCGAAGAAGUGUGAAGAACCGGAAAAGUGAUCUUUUCCAAGGAUUUAAGUAGACUUUCGAGGAAUAUUAUACGAAAUAUUACUAUUUAUCAGGUUUUAUUUUCUCCUAA